GAAGUAUGCAGAAUUCCCAAAGAUGGCGGAACAAGGUCCGAUGGCGAUAGCUAUGCGGCUAAGAAAUCAGCUGCAGAACGUCUACAAGCUCGACCCUCUAAGGAACGAGGAAGAAGUUAAAAUAAAGAUAAAGGACCUAAAUGAACACAUCGUGUGCUACCUCUGUGCAGGAUACUUUAUCGACGCAACCACCAUCACAGAAUGUCUCCAUACGUUCUGCAAGAGUUGCAUAGUGAAGUAUCUCCAGACCAGCAAGUAUUGUCCAAUGUGUAACAUCAAAAUCCACGAAACGCAGCCCCUGCUGAAUCUGAAGUUGGACAGAGUCAUGCAGGACAUCGUCUAUAAAUUGGUUCCAGGUCUACAAGAGAGUGAAGACAAACGAAUAAAAGAGUUCUAUCAGUCACGAGGUCUCGAACGCAUCAUACAGCCGUCUGGAGAAGAUUCAGUUCCAGAUAAUACAGGAUUACCGUACACAAGCUUUGACCACUCAAAAGCCCACUUCUACAGAUAUGAUGAGCAGGUCUCUUUAUGUCUGGAAAGACAAAGUUCGUCAUUUUCUGGGAAAGACAAAAAUAAAUUAACUCUACAGAAAUUUGUACGUUGUUCAGUCAGGGCAGAAGUACGGCAUUUGAGGAAAGUGUUAUGUCAUCGACUCAACGUGGAAAAGCAUCAGGUCCAGAUGUUAUUCAAUAACGAAUCUCUUCCAGAUCACAUGACCAUGAAGCGUCUCUGGCUCUCUCACUGGUUUGGAAAGGCACAACCGCUGGUACUCCAUUACACUAUAAAAGACAAACGGACGAGAUAGGAGUGAAAAUAUCAACUGGUGUACAUAUUUUGUAUUUCACAUAUUCUAUUUUAAUAGAUUUCUUGUGCAUAUAAACUUAUUUUUUGGUUUUGUAUUUUUGAAAAUAAAUUUUAAGUGGUUUAAAAAAAA